CCUGGUAUCAUAUACUCGUGUAUAUUAACGGAUGCAAUGAGAGGCUGCCCCUCAUGUUUUCUGGUUUUUUAUGAACUUCUGUGGUCGUCUGUCCAACUCAACGCCUCUUCUCUCCCUCUCUCUCUUUCUGUCUCUCUCUCCGUGUAUGAAACAAAAAAAUAUGACCACAACACCCAAAGAAGCCAUUGCAUCAGCACAUCCAAGCCCUGAAUGUUGCAUGUGUGGAGAUUGUGGCCUUUCUUAUGAGCUUUUUCAGUGCAAGAUUUGUCAAUUCAGAUCUCAGCACAGAUACUGUAGUAAUCUUUUUCCCAAAGCUGAGUCCUACCAAGUCUGUAACUGGUGUCUAAGCCAUGAAACCAAAGAAAAACCACAGACUUCUUCGAAUUCAUCAUCAUCAAACAAAAACAGCAGCGACGAUGACAGCAGCAAGAACAGCCAGAACAAGAACAAAGGAGGAUUAAAGAGCCAAAGAGGUAGUCUUCAGCUGCAAAUGAAUAGCCCCAUCAAGAAACAAAGGUCACCAGAGAGAUCACCAGUGACCCGAAGGAGACUCAUCUCAAAUGGUAAAUUAGAAGAGAAGCUUAUUAGAAGGACAAAAUCAGAAGAGAUAUCAAACAAUAUUGGGACCCCAAAGCAAGCGUUUAGAAAUAAGGUGAGAAGGUAUAAGCUUCUGGAUGAGGUUUCAAGUUGAUAUUAUUAAUUAUCUCAUAAGAUGAGAGUUACUGUUGAUCUUGUAGCGGAAAAUUUGGUCCCAAAACUACAUAGAAAUCUGAGUUGUGUUCAAGUGAUUGAAUAAUACCCAGUUGAGAUAGACUGGAAAUUAAUGGGGGGUCAUCUUCAACUUUUUCAUCUUUUAUUUCCAUGUUCCAAUCCAAGCAGAAUUUUCAAGUGCCAAAUCCAUAUCUUGAUCACAAGCAAGUGCCUGUGAUGAUUAUAUAUCCACCAAUCAGCAUCAACUUCAGAACUGUAAUUGCAAUGCAUAUAAAUGGAACAUGUUGUAGCCAA